GUGAGUCCCUCUCUCCGCCGCUCCUGUCUCCACAGCUCCCUUUUCCUAAAGAAAAGAAGAGGAGAUCUGGGUCCAGGGGAGGAGGGCCGCCGCCAUUAUCGGGAGAGCUUGACAGAAAAUCCCACUUUCACGCACGCAAUCCUGCCCGUGAAGUGACCGGGACAUGAGACAUUUGUGCCGCAGCAGCAGGAGCGUAUUUGAAGCCGAUCGCCACCAACUCGCCCGUCGUCUCGUGUGCGCGACCGGCCCCGCGUUAUUAUUAUUAUGUGGGCACAACAAUGGACAGAAUAAUUACUGAAAAAAGCAACGUGGUGAACCAAGAGGAAGGCGACUUUUAGACACAAAAAAAAAAGCCUGGCUUUUCCACGGGAGGAGAAGGAGCCCUCGCAAGAGGCGAUGUUGGAUUGAUCCAUUGUUCGGGAUAUUUAUUUCCUCCUUCAUAGUGUUUCACUGCAAAAAAAAAAAACACACAGCGGUGCAAAAAACAACGCAGGCAUGAGCGAUGGAGAUUGAAUUAAGAUGAUCAAAUCGCACAGAUCGCCCCAGAUAUUUCCGUGAACUGCAACGACCCCGUGGUGUAUUGUGCGGCUUUUUGCUUGUGCACAUCAGGCGGCGGCGAGGGUUGCGGCAAGCGCUGGCCUGACAGAUGCGGGGGGAGAAAGCACUGCGAUGAUCCUGAUUCUAACAAGGACUGAAUGAAAGGACCCACUGCUCUUAUUGUUGCAGUAAUUUAUCAUAACUGAGGCCCAGCAGCAGAGACGGCAAUCUGAUCUCCCCUGUGGAUCAGGAACUUUAUGGACAAACAUCUAAGUGAACUCCUUAAUACAGUGCCUGUUUAUGGCAGGAUGAGUGUCGGAAGACUAUGAUGGCGAAAAAGCAAGAUGCGCGAUCGCCCAUUUACAACCUUGUUGUGGUGGGUUUGUCAGGAACUGAGAAGGAGAAGGGGCAAUGUGGGGUUGGCAAGUCCUGCCUGUGUAAUAGGUUUGUGCGGCCUAGCGCCGAUGAUUUCUACCUGGAUCACACAUCAGUGUUAAGCACCAGUGACUUUGGGGGUAGAGUGGUUAACAAUGACCACUUUCUCUUUUGGGGGGAAGUGUCUCGGGUCCUGGAGGAGGGGCCUGAGUGCCGGAUGCAUGUUGUGGAGCAAACUGAAUUCAUUGAUGACCAGACGUUCCAGCCACAUCGUAGCACUGCCAUGCAGCCCUAUAUCAAACGAGCAGCUGGAACCAAGCUGGCGUCAGCAGAGAAGCUCAUGUACUUCUGUACCGAUCAACUGGGUCUGGAGCAGGACUUCGAGCAAAAGCAAAUGCCAGAAGGCAAACUGCAGGUUGAUGGCUUUCUGCUUUGUGUCGACGUGAGCCGGGGCAUGAACCGUAACUUUGAUGAUCAGCUGAAAUUCGUCACAAACCUUUAUGGUCAGAUCAGCAAGACUAAGAAACCGAUUGUGCUGGUCCUGACAAAAUGUGAUGAAGGAGUUGAACGCUACAUCAAAGACGCACAUACCUUUGCGAUCACAAAGAAAAGUCUACCUGUAGUUGAGACAUCUGCACGCUCAAAUAUAAAUGUGGACCUUGCCUUCCUUACUUUGGUUCAGCUGCUUGAUAGGGGCAGGGGAAAGCCCAAGAUCAUCCCCUAUUUUGAAGCUCUAAAACUCCAGAGUCAGCAGAUAGCCUCCGCCAAGGAUCACUACGAAUGGCUAAUUAACCGGAUAGUAAAGAAUCACAAUGAAACCUGGAUAAACACCAGCCGACGCAUGAACACCUCGCCAGAGUACAAAGAAUAUGUCUUCUUGGAGGGAACGGCUAAGUGCAAAAAGCUUUUUCAGCAGCACGUAUAUCGUCUGAAGCAGGAGCAUAUCGAGAGGCGUCGCAAAAUAUACCUUAGCACUCUCCCUUUAGCUCUUAGUUCUUUGGUGCCAGAUCUAGAUGAGAUAGAUCAGCUCAGCUGGUCUGGAGUACAGAAAGUGCUUGAGUCCAAACAGCACUUUGCCCACUGGUUUGUUGUUUUGGAAGACUCACCAUGGGAGGACACGUCUCACAUUGAUAACAUGGAAGAUGAGCGAAUCCCCUCAGACCUGCUGGAGACACAUGAAGCAGAGGACAUAUUUAUUGCCCACCUGGAACAUCUGCGAAAUGAGUGCAGACGGGCUGAAAUAAGGCAGGAGUUCAAGCAAAAGUUAGCCUCCUCCCCCUUUGUCACCCCUGGUAAACCGUGGGAGGAAGCUCGCAGCUUCAUCAUGAAUGAAGAGUUCUACCAGUGGCUUGAGGAGACAGAGUACCUGGACCUGUACAAUCGGCAUCAGAAGGAAAUCAUAGACCGUGCUAAGGAAGAUUUCCAGGAGCUGUUGCUCGAGUACUCUGAGCUUUUCUAUGAACUUGAAGUAGAUGCCAAGCCAAGCAAAGAGAAGAUGGGGGCAAUUCAGGAGGUUCUGGGGGAGGAACAGAGGUUCAAAGCGCUGCAAAAGCUUCCUGCUGAGAGAGAUGCUCUUGUGUUGAAGCAUAUCCACUUUGUCUAUCACCCAACCAAGGAAACCUGCCCAAGCAGCCCCCACUGUGGAGACUCCAAGAUUGAGCAACUCCUAGCUUCACGUUUCCCUACGUGUUAUCCCUUUUUCGAUGUGAAGGCUCAUUUUGGGGACACAAAGGCUGACAGAAUUAACCUAGUCAUACUCGGGAAGGAUGGACUGGCCAGAGAAUUUGCCAAUGAGAUUAGGGCGCUCUGCACGAACGAUGACUGGUAUGUGUUAGACGGAAAGAUGUACGAGUUGACGCUGCGGCCUAUUGAAGGAAAUGUACGUCUUCCGGUAAAUUCCUUUCACACCCCUACUUUCACCCCUCACGGAUGUCUGUGUCUGUAUAAUUCAAAAGACUCCCUUUCCUAUGUGGUGGAGAGUCUUGAACGGCUUAGGGAAUCGACUCUCGGUCGAAGGGAUAGCCUACUGGCACAACUGCCAAUGUCUCUUCUUUUAGUCACUAAAAGAGGCGUUGGCUCAUAUGUUGAGAUUGGUGGAGACACCGCCUUAAAUCUAAUAACACAAGGACAACAGGUUGCAAGGAGACUUCAGUGUAGCUUUUUAGAUCCAGCCUCCCCUGGCGUGGGCUACGGCCAUAAUGUCAACGAGUCUCAAAUUAACCAGGUGCUGAGGAGUCUUCUGGAUAUUAGGAGGAGCACAUCUUUCGGUAGCAGCUCCCCAACUCUCCUCCCUGAGCCCCCAGGUCUCAGAGACUCUCCUCAUCAGCCAGCCCAAGAAGCAGACCUUCGCAUUGUCAUGUGCCUAAUGUGUGGAGAUCCCUACGACGUCGAGCAGCUCCUGGCCCCUUUCAUAAUGCACCAGAACUCCCGGCCCAUGUCUAAUUGUGGCACCUCCCUGUUGCUAGAGCAGACAGUUGGUGGGCACAAGCUGGCAAUCGAGCUCUCUCUCCUCUCAUACCACGCCUCUUUCACUUUGCGGAAGAGCAGGUUGGUACACGGGUACAUGGCUGUGUACUCAGUUUCCCGAAAAGCCUCGCUGGAAACCUUGUGUGCGUUCUUGUGUGAAGUUCAAGACAUCAUCCCAAUUCAGUUGCUGGCGGUCGGAGAUAGCCAGGCCGAACUCACGGACAGUGACUACGCGUGCGAGCAGCUGAUUCAGGGGGAGGAGCUGGCACAUGAAAUCGAGGCUCGUUUCAACAGGGUGGUGUGUGGCUCCGGGGGAGUGGUGGGAGGGCUGCAUAGAGUAGAAAUGUUUCACUCGUUUUUGAUGGAAGUGGUAGAGAAGCGCAACAUUGUGGAGGCAACUCACAUGUACGACAACGUUGCCGAAGCAUGCACCUAUGAAAACGUUUACUCCCCACGCUGCAGUUCUCCCAGUCCCGUCACCAUGUUUAUGGAUUCAGAGGACGACGUUGAGCCGUCUCCGCCGUUCUACGAUGGCACACUCUCUUCUCACAGCGGGGGCUUCAACCUGCCUGACUUGGAUUCCAGUGACAUCUCCGUCAUCACUGAUAUCAGAGACUUUGAGAACAAGCUUAAUAACAAAAUACCCCCCCAAGUGAGAGUUAAACCCGGGGUCACUUUUGACUUCCGUAAGGUGAGCCGUAACCCGUAUAUUGACACUCUGGGCCACCGCCGCUCCCUGCCCUCUGCUGUUACCUGGGUCCCUGGUGGAGAUGUGGGUUACGAUCCCUCAGACUACGCUGAACCCAUCGAUGCUGUCUCAAAACCCCGCCCGAGCAACGAUGAGAUCAUCUACUCAGUUCCACACGAUAGCACACAAGGCAAAAUCAUCACUAUCCGCAACUCCAACAGGAUGCACUCAAACGGAAAUGGCUCGGAUAGCGAAGCCGACAGUAGCUCUCUGGAGCGAAGGAGGAAGUUCUCAUCGAUAGGGGUGAAGCCUCGUCUGUACCGCGACCGAUCUAAACGGCUCGGCAAGUUCAGCAGCUUCCGUACAAGCUUCAUAGGGAGUGAUGAUGAGAUGGGAGCUCUUCCAAAGUGCAAAGAAGAUGACUAUGGGACCUUGAAAAGUGACAGCCUUGUUAAUGAGGAGAGCGAGGACCCGAAGAAGAGGAACAUUCUGAAGAGCCUCAGACGAACAGCCAAGAAAACGAGACCAAAGGCCCGUCCAGCUAUCCCCAAGCCCGUUGAGAGCAGUUACUUCGGAGUCCCCUUGGCCAGCGUGGUGUCCCCAGACAGACCGAUCCCACUGUUCAUCGAGAAGUGUGUCCGCUUCAUUGAGACAACAGGCCUGAACACGGAGGGUUUGUACCGCGUCAGCGGCAACAAGUCGGAGAUGGAGAGCAUGCAGAGGCAGUUCGAGCAGGAUCACGGACUGGACCUCGUGGAGAAAGACUUCUCCAUCAACACUGUGGCUGGAGGUCUGAAAAGCUUCUGCUCCGAGCUGCCUGAGCCGCUGGUGCCUUGUGCUCUGCAGGUGGAACUACUGGACACGUUCAAAAUCCCUGACAGAGAGCAGAGGCUUUACGCCAUGAAGGACGUCCUGAGGAAGUUCUCCAAGGAGAAUUAUGAUGUCUUCAGAUACGUAGUGAGCCACUUACACAAGGUGAGCCAACUGAGCAGGCUGAACCUGAUGACCAGUGAAAACCUGUCCAUCUGUUUCUGGCCCACCCUCAUGAGGCCGGACUUCGCCACCAUGGACGCGCUGACCGCCACCCGCACCUACCAGACAAUCAUCGAGACCUUCAUCCACCAGUGUGCAUUCUUCUUCUACAACCAGCCCCUCAUCGACUCCCCCACCGGCCUCGGGGGGCUGCCCGCCUCGCCCACCACCACCCUGGGCGGCAGCUCGGCCUACUCCUGCUACCGCUCCUCGCCCCCCCACACGGCUGCACACAGCUUCAGCCCCCUGCAGCAGUCCCCCACCACCACCCCGCAGUCGCCCCUGCAGGCCCUGCUGCCCCCCCUCCACCAGCACCCCCACUCCCACCACCACUCCCCCGCCGAACAAGAGACACUGUGAGAGACGAUGAAACCAUGUGUGCCCCACGAUGACGCUGGACCUUAUCACCAACACGCACCACACAUCACACAUGAAAGAAAGAAAAAAGAAGAAAAGAAAAAUAAAAAACUCACACUGACGCACCGCAUCUUUUGAUCAUGGACGACCUGGGUUAUGAAGGAGGGGGGAGGAGAGCGUCUGAGAAGCUGUUUGUUUGUAUUCAUAGCUGCGUGCAUCAUGGCCGGCUUCCAUUUAUCAGCGAAGCGUCCGAUCGCCAGGGACUGGAUGUCAGGUCAGAUUCCUACACUACCAAGAAAUACAAACCUCCACACCAAGCUGGAAGAGAUGAUUUGUGGCCACCUUGUUUUUAAUCUUAGAGCAUUUUGUUGAUGUUGUUGUAAUUGUUUUGAAAGUACUGCCACUGGAUUUAUGGACUGGUCCUCUGUCGGUCCUCCAGGCCUCAGUCGGCUCCACAGUUGCAGAGUUUUCCUCCUGUCUGCCUUUUUACGUAGUUUUUUUUCUCAUUGAUGCUACU